CUCUGACUAUGUGGGGGAAAAAAAAGCCAUUUUCUGGCGCUGCUGCAAGAUCUAACGUUAACCAACUCAAAAUAAUUAACCUGUAUCCACGUCGGGAGGUACGGGUGUUUUUCAUGUCAAGUCAGAUCCUUCCAGAUGGAUAAAAUGCAACCCAGUCGGCUAAAAAUCACAGAGCUGAAUCCUAACCUGAUAUGCCCACUAUGUGUGGGCUACUUCAUCGAUGCCACAACCAUUGUGGAGUGCUUGCACUCAUUCUGCAAGACGUGCAUUGUUGCCUUCCUGGAAACCAACAAGUUCUGCCCCAGAUGUGAUGUGCAAGUACACAAGACGUGUCCACAGCUCAGCAUCAGGUCAGACAAGACUCUACAGGACAUUGUAUACAAGUUGGUGCCUGGAUUAUUCAAAGAUGAGAUGAAACGAAGGCGGGACUUCUACACAAACCAGGAAAACCAACACCUGGAGCCAGGAGAAGUGGUGGAGGAGCCGACUAUUAUUGCAGAAGAUGAAAUCAUCAGUCUCUCCAUUCAGUUCCAUGAGAAGAUCAAAAGUGACACACAACCUGUGGAUACAGGAGACAAUACCAACAGCAAACGCUUCCUGCAAUGCCCGGCAGCCAUGACAGUCCUGCACUUAGCCAAGUUCCUGCGUAGCAAGAUGGACAUUCCGAACACCUUACGGAUUGAAGUGCUGUACGCUGAUGAGCCCUUAAAGGACUACUACACGCUGAUGGAUAUUGCCUACAUGUAUUCUUGGCGACGUAAUGGCCCCCUCCCCCUGCAGUACUGCGUCAAGCCCACCCGGAAGCGUCGAAGGCUGUCCCAAGGUGCCGCCCAGGCCCACUCCGACGGUGUCAACACAAGCCCCACCUCUGAGAGCGACUCCCACAGCGACAAGGCCCUGAGCCCGGCUGGUCAGGUCCCCAGAGCCUCCACCCUGCCCAGCCCUGCCCUCCGAGGCCAGCCCUCCACCCUUCAGAGCCCCAGCGGUACCACAGGACCCAACGGUACUCAACGGCUCCCUCUAGCCUCCAAGUCGGGGAGCAACGCACGCAAGGUGAACGUCAACGGCAAAAGCAAUGGAGCGGCGACUGAGACUAGGGGAGGGGACAAAGGGGCGGUAUCCGCCACCAACCUAAAUCUGAUACAUCCCAGAAACAUGGAGAGUGAAACAGAAUUGCCCCAAAAUGUCGGAGUAGCCCCUCAAUGGACCAAUGGACAGACCAAGAGAAAAUCUGCCAAGAGAGUACUGAGGGAGAGGGCGAUUGUGAUCAGUAAACAGACUGUCAAGUGCAGCCAAAUAGACAUUUCAUUUCAAUGUGUGUGUGUCUGUGCGUUAGAGUAAACAUGCAUACAAAAUGUACAAUAUGUAUCCAAUGUGAGCAUUCGUACAUACCUGGUCAUGUAUAUAGAGUAUCUUUUAUACAGGAUAUUGUAAUUGUUUUGUAACUGUAUGAUAUGCAGUCGGUUCAACGAUUCCUUUCCCCAAGUCUUCACAAUUAAUUUGGCUUUAAAAUAUCAAUUGACAAAAUGCUGAAUGGCAUUGCGAUGCGAUUGUCUAUCUGUAUGGGUAUGUAAUAUAUAUACACACACGCAGUUGAAGUCUGAAGUUUACAUACACCGUAGCCAAAUAUAUUUAAACUCAGUUUUUCACAAUUCCUGACAUAUAAUCCCAGUAAACAUUUCCUGUCCUAGGUCAGUUAGGAUCACCACUUUAUUUUAAGAAUGUGAAUUGUUAGAGUAAUAGUUGAGAGAAUUAUUUAUUUCAGCUUUUAUUUCUUUCAUCACAUUCCCACUGGGUCAGAAGUUUACAUAC